UCCCUAAAAGUUACUAAACUGUCACCGCAGAUUGCUGCGUUUUCUCUUCGCACACAUUUCGUGCUAGAAACGCGCUGUAAAACUCAAUAAAACAACGCGAAACAAGUGUACGAGAUGCAGGGACCGCCGAUUUUCAUUGACAACACGCCGGAAGACCAGGCACAGGAACUACGAGUUUAUCUAAAAGGCCUAGGUGCCGAGAUUUCUACGGAGAAGUCACCGAGAGGUAUCGAAGAUGACUUGCAUAAAAUCAUCGGCGUAUGCGACGCGUGUUUCCGCGAGGGUCAGGAGCCCGAAGUCGAGGCUGUCCUCAAUGAUAUUGUCUCCAUAAUGGUUUUCAUUCCACUCGAGAAGUCAGAAAACAUCAUUAUGGCUUUCUGUGAGAAGCUCACCAAGGCCCAAGGGCCAAAACUGGCACUUGUAUGCCUUAAAGUAUUAUGGCUCCUGUUCCAAUCUUUGGAUGAACGCUCGCCGAUUAGAUACCACGUGUAUUUCAACCUGGUAGUGUUGGCAAAACAAAGCGGACAAGUACAACUUGUCUUCAAGAGUACCGAAUUCCUCAAAGCACAAUUCGCACUCUGCCCACCAUCUAGCGACCAACUACAGAAGUUAUACCGUUUGUUGCAUGAUGUGCUCAUCACCAACAAUCAGAGCGAACACGCCGCAAAGAUUAUGAUCGAGUUGUUAGGAACUUAUACCGCCGAAAACGCCGCGCAAGCUCGUGACGACGCAAUCCGCUGCAUUGCUACAGCUCUAGGCGACCCAAACACCUUCCUGCUUGAUCCGCUACUAUCUCUCAAACCAGUGCGCUUCCUAGAGGGUGAAUUAAUCCACGACCUACUCUCGAUCUUCGUCAGUGAGAAUCUGAACGCCUAUUUGACUUUUUACAAGAGUCACAAGGAAUUCGUCACCUCCCAAGGGUUAAACCACGAGCAAAACAUGCAAAAGAUGCGUUUAUUGUCAUUCAUGCAGCUUGCUGAGAGUAAUAACGAGAUACCCUUUGAGACUACAAAAGAAUUGCAGAUUGAGGCCGAUCAAGUCGAAAAUUUCAUUAUUGAAGUAUUAAAAACUAAACUGGUGCGUGCACGCAUGGAUCAAUCCGCCCGGAAAGUAUUCGUGACCAGCACGAUGCACAGGACGUUCGGAAACGCGCAAUGGCAGCAACUACGCGACUUGCUCUCAUCAUGGAAGAGCAACCUGAGCACAGUCCAGGAAGGCAUGAAGAGCAUCACUGCGGCGCACUUGGAAAUGAUGAGUAAUCAGCAGUAAAUAAAUUUCCUCUAUGACUUGCGAUCACACUUGUGGACUUUAAUAUAAAUAUUUUUUAAUAA